AUGGCUGUACCUGGAUGUGCACAGCCCUGCCAGUGGCACAGCACCCUGGCACUCCUGCUCCUCAUCGUGGCUCCUUCCACCAGCCUCCCGUGUCACCACCUGCGGACCCACGAUAUUGGGGAUGCACUGCAGCUUCUCCAGGACAUGGCUCCCAGCCACGCCCAGCCCUGCCACCUCCAAGAGCGGCCCUUCUUCCCCGACACCCUCCCGCACAACAACCUCCUCCCGCGCCAAGCCGCCGCCACCGCCCUGCGCAUCCUCCAGCACCUCUUCCACACCCUCAGCACCAACGCCACCCGCCAGCACUGGCCCGCCCAGCCUCGCAGCGCCCUCCUCAACAAACUCCAGCACCACGUCCACCACCUCGAGCAAUGCCUCCCCGACAACGCCGCGCUCUUCCAAGGACCACGCAACGCGCUGCUCACCAUCAACAAGUACUUCAGUCGCAUCCAGAGCUUCCUCCACGCCCACAACCACAGCGCCUGCGCCUGGGACCACGUCCGCCUCGAAGCUCGUAUCUGCUUCCAAUACGUGGACAGACUCAUACGGCAAAUGAAGCACCAAGCUGCUCUGGACCCCACUAAACCCACGGAGAGCAAACACCCCUCCCCAGCCAGCACCAGUGGCCAUGGAUUGAGUGGUGACAGCAGCAGCCCAAGCUGGGAUCACUCAGUACCAGUCAGAUCUCUUUCUGACCAGAAUGAUGAACUGAUUGGGAAAGGGGUAUGA